UGAAGCGGAUCUAAGUGAGGACCGUACCCGCGCUCUGGGCGCUAGAUGCUCAGAAGAUACGUCAUUGAAAGUCAAAAAGAAGUCGGGCGUUUACAAGCGGGCACGGCGGGUAAGGCUGAGAAAGCCGAAAUAAAGCCGGCGGUAACACGCAAUCUUAGACCAUGCGAUAAAUAGGGGCCUCGAGUACGAAACUUCGCUUGGCUGAUCCUACUGCACAUCAGGCCCAGUUGAUCCAAUGGCACGCGAUCGUGGUCUGUCCACUGCGGCACCUGUGCCAUUGCGAGCUGCUGGCCGAAACGAAAAACGUUGUAUCAUCCGGCAUGCACUAGGUUUCUACCGCGCCCUCAUCAUUACCGGACUUUACUCCACACACGACAAAGUCAACGGAAUCGAGACUUUCAUACCGGCAGUCAAACACUGUCUUUCCACACACUCAAUUUUGAGUGCAGCGAUCAAAGGCCAUGACACGGAAGAACCAGAGUUUGUCCGACCACCGCUAUUGAACCUACGCAAUCAUAUCCGAAUUAUUGAACCGGCAUGCGUUGGCCAUGGGGAUGACGACGAACUCAGCCGGCUGAAGCACGUCUUGGGUCAGACCCACGAUCAGGUCUUUGAGAACUGCCACAUCAUUCCUCCUUGGAGGAUCGUGAUCCUGCCUUUACAUGCAGACUCAAAAACCGGCAUAAAGAGAUUUUAUAUUGCCUUUGCUUUUUCUCACUCCCAUGGCGACGGAGUGGCAGGUCUCGCCUUUCACCGCACAUUCGUCGAAGGGCUUCAAGGUCAAGGAAUCACCACAGUCCGCCACGGCACGGAUCCUCGAUACCAAACAUCCGACAUACCUCUUCUUCCGCCACUUGAAGAAUUGGUCGACCUUCAAAUCUCCAACUCCUACCUCAUUAAACCAGUACUUGGUGCAUACCUACCAAGGUUCGUUAGCGGAAUUCUGGGGAUUGAGGCAUCCACCACUCCUCAAGCGGCGGAUAUGUGGCGAGGAAAGCCGGCGAGUUACAAUGAGAACAACUUCCACACGGGCAUGGAACUCGCAAUUGUCAAGGACGAUACUCUUCAAAAGGUAUUGAAGCUCUGUCGAGAGAAAGAAACAAAGUUCACUGGUCUCCUUCAUCAAGUUAUCGUUCGCGCGUUGAGCGAGGCUUUGCCACCUGAUGCGCCGGCAAAGAACUUUGUUGCUCAGACUGCCGUUGACCUACGAGGAAUGAUCUCUGGCGUAACGAAAAACGACAUGGCGCUUUGCAACACCGUGGAACAUCAUCUCUUUCCUCGCGACUCCAAAGCUACAAAAGGCAGACCUCGAUCAGAUUCCACGGGCAUUGCGCGAGAAUCUGUGGAUCCUAGGAUCUGGGAGCGUGCUCGGGAGACGACCAAAGCUCUGGCGGCACGCGCCACUACCCUCGAAGACCAUCCCGUUGGCCUACUGAAGUACUUGAACGACUUCCGAAAGUGGAUGACCGGCCAGAUCGGCAGGGAACGCGACUCGAGCUACGAGUUGAGCAACGUCAUGUGCUUUGAUCCCGAUAUCCCUACGGCGGCGGAACCGACCAUUACAUUGCCCAUCGGCAGACCACCCACCCGAAGCGCGACUACGGGAAGCGCCCCGACGUUGGGGAAGCCAGGUAUUUCGACUAUAUUCUCGCCGCCUCAGAGCCCUCAAGGCCCUCCACCAAGCCCGAUCCGGCGUACUGCGAGCAUGACGGAGAAUGAGAAAGCAUGGAAUGUUGGUAGAGUCAUUUUCUCACAGCCGGCCAACGCCGUCGGAAGUCCGGUGUCUUUCAAUGUCGUCACGAGGAAAGACGGCGAUAUGGUCGUGGCUCUCACGUGGCAGCAGAACGUGUUGGGUGUUAGAGAUGAAGAGGGGUGGGCGAGAAAGGUUUGCCAGGUUAUUAAAGAGGUGUUGUGUGGAAUUGCAUCAGGGAAUUAGCAGGAUGGGUCAGGCGUUGGGCAGUUAAAA